UCCCCCCUAGAGUCGGUUGAAUACCGCUAGCUCUCCGUACUUUUUAACUGUAGACUCGGGCAGUACCAAAGCGAACUGCAUAGUGAAAGUCGUACGUAACAUCAGAGACGAUCGCGUUCGGUGGUACCUGCCUGGCUCUUCGGUGGUAUUAUGUGAAGACAGUGUAGAACCCGUCACAGAGGUCACAAAAGCCGCUCUUGCUUUAGACAAAUAACGGUUGAUAAGAGCUUUGCCGUCAGUGGGGAAACAAGAUUUUAUGUGAUCCGAUACAUAAUAUGUCUCUAGAACUAUACGGAGGUGGAACUAGUAAUGGGAAACAUAGGGAGUCACACAGGACAGAUUAGCACUCGAUUAACUACAGAAGAGCAAUGGACUCAUUCUUUUCCGAAAUCUCAGCACACAAGAUUACAACAUAAGGUUUUGCCCGAACGUGAUGUAUUCCAAAAGCUCAGGCAUACGGAUAACGGUGAAAUCCUCCAAUCUGGGGGUACUUUGAGCGGAAGGCAUCAACUACCACCGACUAUCGAAUCCCAGUCGCACGUAGACCUUCUCAAUGGCAGAUCCUAUUUGCCCGCCCAAAGAUACUCGUUUCACAAAACCGGAUAUAGGUCUAACCAUUACAUACAAAGCAAACAAAAUGCAGCUAGUCAAAAAGCGCUCAAAAGCCAAAUGAAAUUGUUUGGUUCGGAGCCCGAUCUUAGGUUUUCCACCCAAGUGGUCCCCCCCGAACAAGAAAUGAAAGAGCGCAAGACAAAAAAAAAGUACAAAGCACCACCUCCCCCGAUAUCACGAGCGUUCGAGCAGCAGUCCCGCGAAUGGGACGAAAAUUCCAGCGAUGAAUUUCCGAUUCGAAGGGCUCGUCUCUUCAAGACCCGCGCAGAAACGAAAAAAGAAACUAGUCAUGUAAAUAAACUCGAACAAGUAGAUAAGUACGAGGACGCGGUCCGAGUGGGUACCGCGGAAUUUGCUUGCGGAACGAACCGGCUGUCGCUUCCGGAAAUGAAAUUCGUCGAAUGCGCAGAGUUUCAGAAAGAGCUCAAAGAAGCCACCGAGCGGUUCAGAAAUGCGAAACUCGAAGCGUCGACCACCGACCGCGACAGAACGACGGCGGACGGAAAGGAAAAGCUCAAAACCCUCGACCCCAAAAACGAAUAUUUAAAAAACAAAUUCAAACAAAUCGUAGAAAUCGAAGAGAACAAUAACAACGUAACGGCGAGCUCUUUGGGUUCGCCGCGAGGGGAGCCGUCGGGGAAGGAAUCGUCUACGCCCGAACCGUCACCGAAUAUGAAAAUGAAAGAUCGUUUGGGCGGCAAACCGAAAUCCUUUUAUUUCGGAAUGGACGAAACGAACGUGACCAACUAUAGAAUCGACACCGUCGUUCCGCAAUCGUCGGAAUCCGAUAUAUCGACCGAUAUCGAAGGCGACGACGUUAACGACGAGACCGGCACCGGGAUUGACCUUCGAUUGCGGCCGAUUCUGCCGAAAAAACAAUUGGAAAUUCCGAGAUUUUCACCGGCGGCCGCGUGGAAGCUGCUUUCGUCGGUGGAACUCAACGACGACAACAACGGGACGUUGGCGAGCGACGACGUCCCCGUCAUGAUCGAAGAAACGAUCGAGAAAUAUUCUCGUCCGCCCCCGCCCGAUAUCCAGCUCGGUCCGCGAUCCAACGACAAGUCCGGCGAUUCCGGAAUAUCCGGUGACGCCGGACCGGUCGGUUGCGACGAAACGUUGGACUCGACCAAAAAGGGCCCGUCGUUUUUCGAACGGAAAAUAAGCCCGUCUUGGACGCCGCAACAAGACCUCGAAGAAGAUUCGAGCUUGGAGGAACUAAAUUUGGAAACGCCGUUAAAAAGUAGACGUCUUCAGCUAAAUAGACCUCACGUAUUUAGCCUGUCGUUGCCCAGAGAUAACCAACUGGCGGUCUACAUGGCCGAUAAAACGUCUUACCACCAAUACACCGGCUUGCAAAAAAUCAAACGCUCCGUGUCGGGUGUUUUGAACAAUUUAAGUCACAAAAAAGACUUGACCCAAUCGAACGCCAACCCCGAGGAAGGCAACAAUUGGUUUUUCAGCAAAUCCGCGCCAAAUUCGUUGGAAAUUCGUCACAACGAGAACGAACAGUCGAAUUUUACAUCGACCACAGCCGGGCACAAAUCGUCUACUUCGCGCGUAAUGUACUUACCGGAAAUGGGUAGGAAGUCGCCGGAACUGUACAAACUGUCGGCGUAUUCGAAAUCUUGCGAAGACUUGACGCAAUCAAUGGUACCUGAACCUCUGCAAGACCCUCCUCCGAAGACUUAUGACUGCGAAUGGAAACCGCCGAUUAAGAAACCGAAAAAGUUUACGUUUCAAAGUACGGUCAGGCAAAUCGAAAGGAGGCGAAUGGCGGAGAAGCUCUCCAAAGAAGCGGAACGGAAAGAGAAACAACGCCUCAGGGAAUUGGAAGCUAUGCAACGGGUGGAGGAGGAAUUCCAGAAGAAACGAGCCAAGGAAAAGGCAUCCAUAAGGCAACAAUUGAGACUGUUUUACAUGGAAGACAACCACCAAAUGUCCAGUUUGCCGUUAAGUUUAGAGUCAAAGUCGAGGGAACGGCCAGAACCGGACGGUGCGUUGUCAUCGACAUCGUCUUCGCCCACGCCGGCUAUUUUAAACUCUCAGGAACUACUUUCGAAAACUGACAAAAACGAAAUCAAAGUUCUGCCGCUGAUUACUCAGGAACUGUCGGAAUACAGACAAGUGCAAAGGGAUUAUAAAGAAUACAGAGGAAAUAUGAAAUAUACGAACGAGAAUAGAUAUACCAAGCAGACUACCGUACAUCCGAAAGUGACGUGCAACAUGCCUAAAGCAAAAGGGUCGAACCUGGGCAAAGGAAACUAUAGGAAGGACUUCGCUUACGGGGUAAAAUCUAUCGGGAGUACCUAUUCCGAGGAAUCGCAGAAUAAUUCGCCAAAAACUUACCACAACAAACUCGCCCCGAUAACAAGGUUUUGAACGCGUCCCCGCGUUCGUAUUCACCCUGCAGUAUUUUUGUAUUAAUACAUUUACAUAUAUAAAAUAACUUUCAUUAUUUUAUGUUGUUGUAAAUACCAAAUUUUUAUCGUUAGCUGUAUAUCUUCAAUUAUUAAUAAAUCGAUUGUUAUAAAGAUUGAAAAAACUUUGCGGCCAUCUUUUUUAUAUAGAUGGAAUAUCAUUGAACGGAGAAAAGUGAUAUUGCUUUAAUAUCGGUGAGGUUUUACGGUGUCCCUGAUUUUUUCGAAAUUUUCGGUACUUGAGGUUCUCUAGGCAAAUACCCC